ACAAGACAGUUGAAAACGAUUGCUUCACGAAGCUGAACAGUUACACGCCUACCGCGAAAAGCAUGAGGGAAAAUUUAUUUGAAAACUUUUAAUUUUCGCACAAAUCAGAGAACGCUCGCCACCAUAAUCGAAAUAUGCGUGGACACGGUGGCAUGGGAUUUAGAGCCGCUCCCGGUCCAGUUAGAAUGAACAUGGGUGGCAUGGGUGGUCCUGGACCAGCAAGAAUUGGUAUGAGUGCAGGCGGCCCUGGUCCAGCAAGAGUUGGUAUGGGUGGCCCUGGUGGUCGUCUACCUGGGGCAACUGCACCAGGUCCUGGUCCCGCGCGUCCGCCACCUGCUCCUGGACCCACACAAGUGAAUGUGAACGUUAAUGCAGCACCACGACCAAUGGUAAACGAGGUAGUUGUAGUUGGCGGUGCUGCACCUCUACUGCCGGCCGCUGGCCUGAUGCUUGGCGCAUCAAUGGUUGCCGGAGCGGCAAUGGGAGCAGCUGCAGCCUCAGCUAUGUCUGGACCGAGAGAAGUAAUUGUGAAUGCACCAGCUCCUCCUCCAUCGUCGACUGUGAUUGUGAAUACGCCGGGCGUACAACAGCCGCCUGCAUCGACAGUUGUUGUAAAUUCAUCAACACCAGCGCCAAUGGGAUCUAAUGUCGUUGUAAAUUCUGGUAUGGGCCCUGCUGCAGCCGUUGCUCCUCCAACAACGGUAGUAGUAGAAGGAGGCAAUCAGAGGCGGCAGCCUACAACGGUGGUGACAGAGACGGUGGUCAUACCGCCGAAGCCGAGUAGUUGUUGUUGUGUGAUAUUAUGAGGUGUGGACGGAUAUGACAAGAAUAUUUGGACACUAUUUACACCUAUUUAGCUAUAAAUUAUCUGUAAAUUAAAAGAAGAAACUGACUUAUGAAAUUGGUUUUAUGUGCAAUAUUUUGUUUAUAUUUUUAA